AACUCAGGAAACGGACGGUUUCAUCAGUGUGGUUUCGGUAUAAGAAUUUUCAGAUCUGUAUCUGUAGUUUCUAUGUUUGUUUGUAGUAGUGUGUAGUAACUAACAGUAUAUGAGUCACGACGCGCGCUAUAGCGCGCCAUUAUACUCUCUAUUCUUCUAUAAACUGCAUUAUUCGCUGUGGGAACUAUUUUCAAAGUAAAAAACGAUGUACUCAAUAGAAAGUGAUAGUAUAAACAAUAGUAACAAAUACAGUGAUGAUGUCGCAGAUGCGUUGGUAUUUUCGGGAAACAGCGUCAGUCCUCUCAAGGGCCCUUUAUUACAAACGGCACCCACAGACCGCUAUGCCCUAUAUUACAACAUGAAUCAUGCAAAACGUGGAUUAGCUAUUAUUUUUAACCAUGAAUUUUUCACUAUUACACAUCUUAAACCAAGAUGUGGAACAAAUGUUGAUUGUGAAAAUCUUGUCAAUACAUUUAAAGAUCUUGGUUUUGAAGUAAAUGAUUUUCAUAAUUGCACACAUAGAGAUAUAAUGAAAAAUUUAGAAAGAGUUGCUGACAUGGACCAUUCUGAACAUGAUUGCCUAGUUGUAGCUAUAUUAAGCCAUGGAGAUUUAGGAAUACUUUAUGCUCAUGAUACUUCUUAUAAGCCUGACUCCAUUUGGUCUCUCUUUACAUCUGAUAGAUGCCCUACGCUUGCUGGCAAACCAAAACUAUUUUUUAUACAAGCUUGUCAAGGGGAUAAAUUAGAUGCUGGUACAACAUUAAAAGAACGUACAGAAACUGAUGGUGAAUCAGUUACAACAUUCCGUAUACCAUGUCACGCAGAUUUUUUAAUUGCAUACUCCACAAUACCAGGUUAUUAUUCUUGGAGAAAUACUACUCGCGGCUCGUGGUUCAUGCAAGCGUUGUGCCUAGAACUACGAAAAAAUGGUACUCGCCAUGACUUGUUACAUUUGCUCACAUUUGUUUCUCUGCGAAUUGCUGUUGAUUUUGAAUCCAAUACUCCAGAUAAUAUCACAAUGCAUCAACAAAAACAAAUUCCAUGCAUUACGUCGAUGUUAACUCGUCUAGUAAUGUUUACACCUCCUAAAAAUAAAAUUGUAUAGUCGUUUUAUGCACGAAAGAUUUAUGAUAUAUGAUAUGCUAUAAAGUACAUAUAUAUAUAUAUGUAUUUUUUUAAUUACAAAUAAUGAUACCUUUCCAAGUAAGUGGGUAUCGCAUUUUUACAUAUUUUACAUUUUACAUCUCAUUCUUUUAACAUUGUUCUCUGUUGUUAGUUUGGAAUGUGUAUCUAUUAUGGGCUCUACAGUCCACAAGGUAUAAAAAGUUAACUUUGCCUGGUCAAUGUCAGCAUUAUAUACCGCUAUUUGACAAAGUUCAGGGAAAAUUGAUAGCAAUUUUGCUCAUAUUACAGUGGGUCUUCAAGAUUUUCCCCGAACUUCGUCGAGGAGCAGUGUCUAAUGUUGACAAUAGCCGGUCAAGGUCGACUCCACAUUCUGUACUCUUUACUUCUUCUAUUUCCUGCUACUCUCAGUUUCAUUGUACUCAUUUUUUUCUUUCCUCCUCCUUUUUGAAAAAUUAAUCCUUUGCCAUACCAUUUAACUCGGAAGAAUUCGGGCCCAAACGUUGCGCCCGAAUGGUAGGGAAAGGAGUUGAAGCGACGGAGACAGAGUGUCGGAACUUGCAAUAUGAUAUCGUGCAACUGAAUGCGUUAGAUAGUUGCGCCCGUGUUUAGAAAAAACACAUCAUUCGAGACAUUCAUACUUGGCCCGAGAUUAAGACCACGAGCCUGACUCGUGAUAUUCAGGUUUAAUUCAAAAUUUUCAUCGCGAUUCAGACUCGUCAAAGGCAAAAUGGCAAGGAAUGGCAAGGCAUUUUUGUUUCUUCCAUGUUUGAUUCUAUUUUUUUUUUUUUUUUUUUUUUGUUGCUUUACCAACUUCAAUUUGAUAUAUUAUAUGUACAUUAUGUACCUUUAUAGCAUUAAUCAUAUUGUUACUAGAAGUUCAAAGAUAAUAUUUUACCUGUGCAAAUUUCUACUUGAUGUGACUUCAAUGUAAUGCAUUUAAAUGAUAGCAUUUAUCUUAUAAAAACUGCCAUUAUAUAUUAUGCAAUAUUUGCACUACAAAACAAAACAUUAUAGCAAUAUAAAGUAGAUUUUAUGCUACAUAUAAAUUUUUGUACUUGUCUAGAUUAAGGAAUCUUACAAAUUUUAUGUCUUUGUAAGAUUGAUAUUUAUAAUAGAAAUUUACAACAAUAAGAUCUCAAGCUAUAAUUUUUAACAGUUUUUAAAUUAUUAAAAAAACUGCAUAGAAUGGAUGUAAUAGUGGUCAUGCAAAAAUUUAAUACAGUAUAUUCAAAACCAUUAUAAGUAAGAUAUAUAAUAAGUACAAAUGAAAAGUAAAAUUAAGACAACAGUGCUAAAACUAUAGCUAAAAUUGAUUGCCUUUGUGAUUGCUGCUUUAUAAACAAAAUUUUAUAAGUAAUUUAUAUAUGACCUAUACAAUUUCGACAUUAUAUUUUGAAAAAAGCUAUUUUUUAACCAUUGUAAUGCAAAACAACUUAAGAAAUAUAUAUUUAAUGCCUACUAAAUAUAUUGUACAAAAGUCAGAAGGACAAAAUCUGUGUCUUUUCAUAACAAGCAAUAGUCUAAUCUUAUCUAAAAAAGAAUGAAAUAUUUUCAAGUUAGUAAUAGAUAAAUAUAACUUGCCUGAUUAGAGUAGUUGUGAUUAUAUAAGGUGCAAUUACAACGAAUAUUACCUAUUGUUAAGAGGAUAAAUAUGAAAUAAGCAAGGCAAUUUGCAUAUACUUUUGGAAUUGCUGAUGCACAUAAAGUGUUAUGUUGCUUCAUAGUUUGAAAAAAGGCAUUAUUAAAUAAAGUAGAUAAGAAUUUAACAAAAAAUACUAAUAUUAUGGCAAAAAUUACUAUAUUUGUAAUUGAAAUGGCAUUAUUAUGAUCUAUAAAAACGUCUAGAAACGUGAUAUAACAGUCUUUCAUAAUAAAAGUAUGUAAUUUUAAAAUACUGAUUAAUGCAAUUUACAAUAUUUAACAUCGCUUUUAAUAGUUUGACCACUAUGUUUUCAUUGGUAUGUCUAUAUACAUGUAAUGUAAUUAGUAUAAAAUAUUUUCCUUAAAGGAAUAUUCUUUAUGUUAUAUGAGAUACAUUGUUCCUUACUGUUACAAUUUUUAGUAUAAUUUUUCGAUAUAUUAUAUUUAACAAAGUAGUUGCUCAACAAGAUAAUGUUACAGAUAAGACAAUGUUAUGGAACUACUUACGAUAUUUAUUAUACUAUAAAUUGUGAUAAGUAUGCUUAUGCGAUACAAUUUUUGCGCACUUUUACUGCUAUUCUAUAAUCGAAAGUUUUUUAAUGUCUUUAUGCUAUAGCUUUUAUAAGUCUUUCAUAUAUACUGUAAUUCGUAUAUUUGCCGAACUUUUAUGUACAUGAAUCUGUAUGUAAAUGUACAAGAUAUAAUAAAGUUUAGAUAAAAAA